GAAAGAACAUUCAAUAAAUAGGACAUUUUAUAGAUAGAUAGGCCAUUUCACAGAUAGGACAUUGCUUUUGAAACCAGAGAAAAGUAAAAUUUCCAAUCAAUUGUAAUUUUUUUGAAAUAAUAGACAAUAUUUAAAAGAAACGUAGUAAUUUUCAUUUUCUUUUCUCAAUUUGUUGAGACACGAAGAAUGUCGAUAAAAACGAACAUUAUACAGUUUGUUUUUAAAAAUCUGAUUGUUUAUAAAUAUAUAUUGUUACCAGACGAGCCUCCAGUUUAAUGGGUGCGACGUGUACGGAAAUUCUGCACCUCAGACAAAAUGAAAAAUCAAACAUUCUCCUUGGAUUUAUGAGACCGUCCUGAGAACUCACGAACCUUAGGCUAGAUAUGUUCUCCGAGUAUACUAGGAGAUACCUAGGGGUUCUAAACUAAUCACUUCGAGUAUACCAGGAGAAACAGGGGUUUUAAAAUAUACUCUCCGGGUAUACCAAGAUAUACAGGGGUUCUAAACUAUAAUCUCCGGGUAUACUAGGAGAUACAUGGGGUCCUAAACUAUAAUCUCCGGGUAUACCAGAAUAUACAGGGGUUCUAAACUAUAAUCUCCGGGUAUAUCAGGAUAUACAGAGGUUCUAAACUAUAAUCUCCAGUUAUAUCAGGAUAAACAGAGGUUCUAAACUAUUCUCUCCGGGUAUAUCAGGAUAUAAAGGGGUUCUAAACUUUAAUCUCCGGGUAUAUCAGGAUGUACAGAGGUUCUAAACUAUAAUCUCCGGGUAUAUCAGGAUAUACAGGGUUUCUAAACUAUAAUCUCCGGGUAUACCAGGAUAUACAGGGGUUCUAAACUAUACUCUACGGGUAUACCAGGAUAUACAGGGGGUCUAAACUAUAAUAUCCGGGAAUAUCAGGAUAUACAGAGGUUCUAAACUAUAAUCUCCGGGUAUACCAGGAUAUACAGGGGUUCUAAACUAUAAUCUCCGGGUAUAUCAGGAUAUACAGAGGUUCUAAACUAUAAUCUCCGGGUAUACCAGGAUAUACAGGGGUUCUAAACUAUAAUCUCCGGGUAUAUCAGGAUAUACAGGGGUUCUAAACUAUAAUCUCCGGGUAUACCAGGAUAUACAGGUGUUCUAAACUAAUCUCUGCGGGUAUAUCAGGAUAUACAGAGGUUCUAAACUAUAAUCUCCGGGUAUACCAGGAUAUACAGAGGUUCUAAACUAUACUCUACGUGUAUAUCAGGAUAUACAAGGGGUUCUAAACUAUUCUCUCCGGGUAUAUCAGGAUAUACAGGGGUUCUAAACUAUAAUCUCCGGGUAUAUCAGGAUAUACAGAGGUUCUAAACUAUAAACUCCGGGUAUACCAGGAAAUACAGAGGUUCUAAACUAUAAUCUCCGGGUAUACCAGGAUAUAGAGAGGUUCUAAACUAUAAUAUCAAUUUCUUUGAUUAUCAUCUUCCACGCAACCAAGAACUUGUUUUCUACCCGAUUCGGUUUUCUCGGGACACCCUGUACAGGAUUCUAUGCUUGAGAGUUAGUGACGGUUUAUAUCUACCCCUGGUUUACUUAGACUUAGGAGUGAGGAAUUGAUAAAUUUCUUUGGUUUUAAAUUCAGUUCUCUAAGUUCAUCAGAGCUCAAGUACAUCUAGUCAAAAUAAUGCAGGAUCGCGUGUUUCUAACAUGGAUUUUUCUCUUAAUUUUGGAACCUGGAUGCUUUUUGACAUCAGAUCAAUUAACAGAUAAGUUUUUUACUCCUGCUGACGUGAACUGGGAGAAACAUUGGGAGCAUUUUGAAGAUCAUAACAUUAGGGUCCCAGAUAUAUUUUCUGAUGAGGGAUCCAGGAGUGAAACAUCAAGAGGGUUUAAGAACCCAUUUCAACAAGAGAAGCAGAAUGAUAUUCGUAAUCCAGAAAAUUUAAUUAAUUCAGUGCAAUCAUUGUUAAAUCCUUACCAUCAACCCGAUUACAUUCAACUACAACAAUACCAGCAUCAGAACCGUCCUAAUCAACUACAUCAAGAACAGCAUCAGAACCGUCCUAAUCAACUACAUCAAGAACAGCAUCAGAACCGUCCUAAUCAACUACAUCAAGAACAGCAUCAGAACCGUCCUAAUCAACUACAUCAUGAACAGCAUCAGAAUUCUUCAAAACAAAACCAGGACCAGCGAUUAAAUGAUUUCUUUUCAUAUCAGCAACAAUCAGUCGAAAAAUAUAUCCCCCAUAAUCAAAGUGAUUAUUAUGAAGAAUAUAAUCAUCAGGAACCUCUUUUAUCUCAUCCGGAACCCCAACAAAAUUAUCAGGAACAUCUUCAACAGCAUUGGGAACCCCAUCCACAUCAGGAACCCCUUCAACUUCAUCAAGAACCGCUUCAAAGGCAUCAGGAACACAAGCAACAUUAUGAGGAACCCAAUCAAGAUUAUCUGGAACCCAGUCAACAUUAUCAGGAACUCCGUCAAAAUUAUCUGGAACCCCGUCAACAUCAUCAGGAACCCUAUCAACAGCAUCAGGAACCCAGUAAACAUUAUCAGGAAUCCUGGCAACAAUAUCAGGAACCUCUUCCACAGCAUCAAGAACCCCGUCAACAACAUCAGGCAUCCUGGCAACAUUAUCAGGAAGAUCAGCCUUUACCAUUCCUUCAAGAGAUUCAGCGUAAAGAUUAUCUGGACCAAGAAAUACCUCCGGAGCAAAAUAUAUUUUCAACAAUUUCCAGAAAAAUUUCUCCUUGGCCUUUUCAACACGAAAACCCCCCAGGAGUGAAGUCUGAUAAUGAGGACAGAUUUACGGAGCUCCAGAAAUAUCUUGAACCUGAUCUAAGUCCGGAGACGACAUAUUCUCAGUACCGCGUCAAACAACAAUUCGACCCUGAGACAGAUCUGAACCAGAGACCUUAUCAAAUGAACGCUUUUGCAGGUUUAGGUUUAGAUAACGAAUAUGUUUCAAGUGUUGGAAUGAUCCAAGAGCAAAUUAAAUUGUUCCAGGAGAACCAUCCCGGUCGGCAGAAUGGAUUCAGAGUAACACUUAGGCAACCUCAUCCGUCCUAUAUUCAACAGAGAAGAAAGGAGGACAAGAACACAUUAGAAUUUCAACCUCAUGACUAUGAGGUCAAAUCCAUUUCUGAUAAUAAGCAUUAUCAGACGCCGACAGUAUCUGAUAUAAAACCUUAUUCACAAGUUUUGCCAGAGGCAUUUAAUACAAAAUCUGAGAUAUUUCCACAGUUUAAGCCUUUACCGUCGAUUUAUAACAACUAUGACCAGCUAACACCACAAGCCCCCGUGCUAAACCAAUAUCCUGGAGCAGGAUCGAAUCCUUACUGGACAACAGGAAGGGAGGAAGAGAAGAAGAACGAACAGCUUCGUUAUCAGUUACAUUUAUGGAUUUCAAACCAAGAUCAAGAAUCAGAUGAUUUUGUAAAGGGUACAAUUAAAAUUUCAUCUUUAGAAGAAACCCCAACAAAUGAAAAAAUAAAAUUUGAAGAGGAGACGUUAAAAACAACUGAAGAGGGGGGGAAAGUGGAUACAGAUAUUCUACAACUAUCCCAGAUCCCUGAAGUUGGUUUAAAAAUUGAAAAACUUGAACUUGGAAACCAAAGCACAGAGACAAGUAUUGAGGAGGUACAAACUACAAAGUUCUCCUUUGGAAGUAUUGAAUCUGAUAAAACCUUGGAUGUUGUGAACCUGGAGAUAUCAGGGGGCACUGAACCCGAUUUUGGCAACCUCAACCCCAUUGAUGUUGAGAACCUUGAACAAGUAGAAUUAAUCAAUGACAACACUAUAGAUCAAGAAGAGGAAGAGGAAGGAUCUACUGUCGAGGAAUCAGAACCUUUAAAUGUAAACAUUGCUGAUCAAGAUGAACUGAUAGGGGAUACUAGAGAGAAUAAAGAUGAACCCACUGAUGCCGCAAGCGAAAAGCAAGAUGAACCUUUUAACGACAAGAUCAUGAACCAAGGGGAAUUCAGCAUGACACUGGAGAAAGAUGAUUUUGAUAAGAAUAACAUAGAGCCUUACAUACUUGUAAAUGACACGAGAACACAGCAAGACGAAUCAUUAAAUCUAGAAUUAAUGAAACAAAUCAUGAUUUUUGAGAACAAUCUUUUCGAUAAACCUUUUAUCAACAAGACUCUGGAGAAGGAACAAUUUAUUGAUAAUUAUUUAGAUGAAGAAAACCUUUUCAAUGACAUAAAAGAGCAAGAAGAGUCCGGUGAUAACAACUCAGAAUUAAUUCAACCUCAUGAUGAUCAAGUUUUGAAGCCAGAAGUACAUUUAAGUCAAGAAGAAGCUAGUAACACACUAAAGGUGGAAGCUUUUAAUGAAGAAGAUGUUAAAGCAGAAGAACAAAUUAUCGACAAUAUGACUAAAGAAUCAUUUAGUUCAGAAAUGAAUGUCAAGCAAGGAUUUACCAUUGAUAAGAAUAACCUGUACGAUGAGGAACCUGUAAAAGCUGAAAUUACAAUUGAUAAAACUAAACCCAAUUUAGAGACUUUAGAUAUUGAAAUGAUACCUGAGCCAGAGAAACUGAUAAAUUCUCAGACGUCCAAGAUACAUUUAACUCCAGAUGCAUCCCAAGAACUGAUAAGUCCUGAUGGCUCCGAGAAACGUCUGAGCCAGAUAUCAAAUAUCAGUUUUCCCGAGAGGUUACAACUUCCUAGCCAAGCGUUAUUCAGAAACGAUAAUUUCUCAAAAACAUUAGAACGUCUGAGCAAUCAGAGCUUUACAACUUCUGAUGGAAUAUUUAGCAAUAAAAGCAAUAUGGUGAACAUAGACAGCUCUGAUAGUUUUCCAGGCCUAUUAGGAAGCUUUGGUGAAGAGGCAGCAUUCUCAAACAAUGUAGAUCAUGUUGAACUGAUAAACAGAGAGAGUUCCAAGGAUGAGUUUGGGAUUUCAGAACAAGAGGUAUUUCCUGAUCCUAGUCAAGCUAAACUGAACAAUUUAACGCUGAAACUUGUCGAAGACAAUACUCAAUCUGAAUCCAGAGAAAGGAAUUUCUCCGACUCUGCAAAUAUCAAAUUACCAAUCAAGGAGAAAUCAACAAUUUUAAACCAAGAGUCUGAAAGCAUGAAAAACCUUAACCUGGAGAUUCCGAACCUGGAUUACUUAAACCUUUUCCAGUUUAUCUUCAACCGACCAACGUUCCAAAACUUUGACAUAAAUAUGCCUGGUUCCAAAUCAAACAAAGAUAUUGAAAACAUUGGAAGUUUUGCAGUAAAUAAAUCUGUCCUGGAGAAAUUAGAGAUCAGGGAAACAACUCAACCAUUUCCUAUAGAUCUAAUACACCCGGAGAUUAAUCCUUUCAAGAUAAACCAAUCCUCAGACACAAAACAAAGCUCCGGAAAUAACCGUUUCAUUAGAGGAGAAAAUAAAAAGUCUGAGCUGAACCAAGAACCACAAAUAAUUGAAGCAAUACAAAUUCCAACCCAGAGUCAAAGAAAACAUUCAAUUCAACUUGGAAGCUUAAACCCAGCUCUAGACUGCAAUGUGGAUGAUGUUUGGCCCUGCAAUUUAAUUCAGGGAGAAGGAAGUGGAAAUUUUGGAACAGAUUUAAAUAUCCAACACGUCAACCGCGACUCAGAUAUCAAGGAUUACGGGUCUAGUUCAGAUAUCCAGAAGUACGACUUUAACUCAGAUAUCCAGGAUUACAAUUCUAACUCAGAUAUCAAGGAUUACAAUUCUAACUCAGAUAUCCAGGAUUACAAUUCUAACUCAGAUAUCCAAGAUUACAAUUCUAACUCAGAUAUCGAGGCUUACAAUUCUAACUCAGAUACACAGACGUACGAACCCAACUCUGAUAUAUAUGAUUAUCAAUAUGAUACAAAUAUUAAAAGUUUCGCAUCAGAAUACGAUUUUCAUGAUAAUCACCCCCUCCUAGACCCGAGCUCCAAUAUCCUAGACCCGAGCUCAAAUAUCCUAGACCCGAGCUCAAAUAUCCAAGAUUUCUCAGACUUUCCAUUUAAGUCUGGCUUUCCUCUAGAUAUUAGAAAUAGUGGUUUCAACUCAAGAUUUAGCUCUGAUGUCCAGGAUGCUGAGUUCUUCUUCAACCCAGAUCCAAGCCCUGAGAAGGACGAAUUAAGCUUGGAGAAUUUUCCAAAUUUCUUGGAAUAUGAUUUCAAUCCGAAAUCUAACUCCGAACUGGAAGAAAAUUUGAACUUUUAUCCUUCCAACAAAUCUACAUCUUUAUCCAGGUAA